AUGGAGAAUACCUCCAACCACAGCUGGGAGGCCUGGGAGCCCCGGGGCCCACUCAGUGGCUUGAGGGUGUUGGCGGGAUGCUUGCUGUCGCUGUUGGUGCUCAGCACCCUGGUGGGUAACAGCGUGGUGUGCCUGGCUGUCCUCCGUUUCCCCCACUUGCGGACCAGAGCCACCAACUGGUUCGUGCUCUCGCUGGCCUUGUCUGACCUUUGCGUAGGACUGCUGGUCAUGCCCUGGAAAGCGGUGACGGAAGUGGCAGGUGGGGCGUGGCUCUUUGGGAGACACUUCUGCGACACCUGGGUGGCCUUCGACAUCAUGUGCUCCACGGCUUCCAUCCUCCACCUCUGCAUCAUCAGCCUGGAUCGCUACUGGGCCAUUGCCAAUCCCUUCUGCUACGAGCGGCGGAUGACACAGUCCCUGGCCUUCGCGAUGAUCAUGUUGGCUUGGGCCCUCUCCGUUCUCAUUUCCUUCAUCCCUGUCCACCUCCAUUGGCACAGCGCCCAGGUGACCCACGACUUGCUUCCCUACCACUGUGACACUCGUCUCAACGGUACUUACGCCAUCGCCUCCUCCCUGGUCAGCUUCUACAUUCCCGUCUCCGUCAUGAUCGGGAUGUACGCGCAGAUAUUCCGCAUUGCUAAGGCACAGAUCCGUCGCAUCUCCUCCUUGGAAAGAGCCGGUGGCCUGGGUUUGGUCAAGGGGAAGGAGACGGUGUCUUCUCUGCGCAGCUCCCUGUGCAAGGAAACCAAGUUGCUCCAAACCCUGACCAUCAUCUUAGGAGUCUUUGUGUGCUGCUGGCUGCCAUUCUUCUUGCUCAAUUGCCUGUUGCCCUUUUGUGACACAAGGACCACGGACAGAGGCCCUGAACAGCUGAUCUGCGUCAACCCGUUCAUCUUCAAUUUUUUCAUGUGGCUUGGCUGGGCCAACUCCACCAUCAACCCAGUGAUCUAUGCUUUUAAUGUAGACUUCCAGCGGGCGUUCAGGAGCCUGUUGGGUGGCCACCAUCUCCCUUGUUGUGUUCCCAGCCCUUCCGCCACCCAGAGAGUCCAUCUGAGCGGUGAGUUGACCUCCUACCCCCACCGAAAAGAUGAAGAUUCCCCGUUGUCGUUACCCGCGCAUGCCAUUGUAGCUUGGAAUGAGCCACUCCCCUCCACAGCAAGUAUCCAGGAAGAGCGCUACGGACGGCUCAUAUCGGAGAAAGAGAUGCUUCCAUCCUCUCCAGGGGCUUACAGAAGCAGUUCCAAUAUGCCAGUUUUGCUUCCCUUUCAGUGUGAGAGUGAGCUUAUUUUGGAAACGGAUAUUCUCCACGACGGAACUUAG